AGAAGCGUCACCUCAGUCUCAACCACCGGGACUUUGCAGGCGAGAUGCCCACUUUCUCCUGUCUUUCUCAGCUAAAGUCUGUUCGAGUCAACUGAACCAUUUGGGAAUAAAUAUAAAGAUGACUGGCCUUUGCUGGACACCCGUUGUGCUGGUCUUUCUCCUCUCUGCUCAACAUAGUUUUGGUGCAGUGGAUCAAAACUGGCUCAGAAACAUCGUCGAAGCUCUAAAGAAUGAGUAUGCACUUGGUGAUGCUUUCACUUUGGCUGUGAAUAUCCCACAGAACCAAGACCCAGCUGAUCUUAAACAAGUCCUUCAGAGCGACCCAGUGGACAAAGUGAAGGAAGCCGUUUCACAGGGUCAAGUGUACCAGGGCACCAGUGUGAUCGCAGCAACACAAUCAGAUGGAUUGUCACGAGUUCUUGAAAACAUACAGUCCCUCAAAACUGACAAUCAGGGAAAUGUUCUGGUAAUCUAUUCUGAAGUUGCCCCAAAUUCAAAUGACAACAGCAUGGCAGACAAAAUUAACUAUGUCCUUCAAAACUGGAAUGCUUAUGCAUUUGUGUUUUCUAGAGUAGCUGAUGUUCCCACUGCCGAUACCUCUCAGCUGGCUGGAUCUUUUAAGCUUCUUGACAUUUCCAAACUAGGGCUUGAUAACAUUUUCCGUUGCUAUAAGCCUGAUGAUUCUUUUCAGUGCACCAGCUGUUCCUCAGGGGGAGAUGUUACACCCUCGUGUGUCGCAAACUCAGCUCCCGCAAAUCAAGAGCAAGGCACGGUUGCAGACACAAGUGGAGAUGCCGGCACAGGCGCAGGUGCAACUGCAGGUGGAGACACAGAUGCAGGUUCAGGUGCAGAUGCAGGUGCAGCUGAAGGUGCAGACACAGGUGAAAGUCCAGGUGCAGACACAGGUGCUGGUACAGGUGCAGGUGUAGAUGCAGGUGCAGGCGCUGAUGUAGGCACUUACACGGGGAAUGGCAUAACCAUAGGUGCGGGAACAGGACUUGGGAAGCAGGGCAAGGCUGGCAAAAUGAGAAAAUGCAAGGGUCGUAACCAAGGCUGCAACCGCAAAAGAGGAAGUAGAAAAAGAAAGUCUGGCAAUGUCAGAAGAUCACGCAAGCGAGGACCAGGGCGCAAUGGUAGGAAACAGGGUAAGUUUCGUGGAGGUGGAAGACGUGCCAGACGUAAAGGAGGUAGAAGAGGAGGUAAAAGUGCCAAACGUAGAGGAGGCAGAGGGGGAGGUAAGCGUAGAGGAGGUAGAGGGGGACGCAAAAGUGCCAAACGUAGAGGAGGAGGCAAACGCAGAAAAUGGGGAAACCUUCAAGACAUAUUUUGGGAGUGGUAAACGGUUGACAACUGCAUCUAAUCAGCAGCGCAAUACAACUCAUGCUAUGUUCCCAAAAAACACCUUCAUUUUUAAACAUUUAACAAGUCUCGUGUCAAUAAAUUUGCUUUUAAUGCUAACAAUAAUUGGACAUCUGAAUGCAUGUAGACAACCAACAAGUGUUGUGUAACUAUUUUAUCAAUAAAGUCAUAAUUAACAUCAUCAAUAGCAGAGAUUUCAUCAAACAGCUUUCAAAUUGAAGAUUGAUGGAAUAUUGAAGAACUCUGUGGUUUGUAGAAACAUACAAUACCAAGAUUUUUCUUUUCCCCUAAGAAAAGUUUAUUAUUAAGAAAAGUUAUUCAGUAAGGAUUUUAAAAAAAAAAUUCAGAUAUUCAAUUAUUUUGUUGUCGUUAAUGUGGUUGUUGUUGUUGUUGUUAUCCUUUCCAAUAUUAUUGAGAGAAGAGAAAGGAAAAAAUAUAUACUUUUUUUAAUCCUUGACAUGUAUUCUGUAUGUUUUGUGAUAAACAAUGGCUUUCUCUUUUGGAUUUGAAUAAACCUUGGCUUGGUA